GAAAAAGAAAAAUUGGGCUCUUGUACUUGUAAUUAGGUCACGACAAAACGCAACGCAACAAACCCUGUCGUUUCGUCUUCUCACGCAUCAAAGCCCAAAACAAAGGUUCCAAUAACAAUAAAACUCGAAUCAACGUUCUCGUUCUUCUUCAUUCCCACUCUAAUUUCACCUCAUAAUUCCAAAACGGUGUAACUGAAUCAGCAAUGGCAACAACAGCAGCAACGGCAGAAACUGCAGCAACAGCAGCAACAGUAACAACCGCAUUAACUGCGGCAGCAACAACAUGUGAAGUAUCGGAUGCGCCAAAGAAGAAGAAAAUUUGCUGCGCCUGUCCUGAUACGAAGAGGAUACGUGAUGAAUGCAUAGUGGAACAUGGUGAAGAUGCUUGUAAGAAAUGGAUUGAAGCUCAUCGAAUUUGUCUCCGUGCUGAGGGAUUCAAUGUUUGAGAAUCGGUAAUUCUUUCGGAUAAUAACAAUUAUUAUAGGAUCAUGAUAAUAAUGAAGAUUUUGUACUUUUGAUGUUACAGAAUGUUUACUUAGUUCAAAUUAAAAUUUCAGGGGAUUUAUUCUUCAAAUUAUUUGGCUUGUAUUCGGCGAAUUGUUUAGUUGUUUUGAUGAUCUAAUAGUAAUACACCAUAUUUAGUCACAA